AUGACUAAACACAACUUGAACCAAGCUGCGAACUCCUCUGAGUUGGUCUCCGAUUUAAAUCCAGGGAAUAUGAUACAUCGGCGUUCACUAUCCGACCUCGCUUCGACCCUUACUGAGUUAAGCAUCAGCUCUGAUUCUGAUGACCAACCGAUUGCAUCGUUGAAGGAUCAGGUAUCCCAUGAAGGCACUGUCGCGGGUCAAGCUCCGAAUCGUCAGACUACCAGCAAAAAGCAUUUGAAAACCGUUGUCAAAAAGGAAUCAAAGAUCAAGUCAUCUUACCAGAAGUCUUACAGGAAGCAAAAGUCUCAAGGACAUCGGCCUCAGAGGAGGCGCAAUGCUUGUGUUAAAGCCAUCCAAUCUCAUCUGGCCAACCUCCCGCUCCAAGGACCCUUUGUUAUUUCUCGCAGGACACCAAAGCCAUUUGUUCUGUACCCUGAAGUUACACAAGAUUUCGAGAUUAGGAAGGAAGAGCGCCGUAUUGCCCAGGAGAAUUUUGAAAAGAAAAUUGGACCUCAGCCACCUGCCACUACGAUCUACGAAAGGAAGCCUACACCUGAGGAGAUCAAGCAGGCUUACGAUCGAGUCCACGAUUCAUUUGAUUUAUACGACCAUGGUCAUGUUACCGUCUUCGACAACAGUAAUCCAAAGGUCAAAGACAAGAUAAUCGCCGCCAUUCACUUUACGGAUCUUACCAAACUGACCCCCCUUCAAAUUGGCGAUAUAAACUUCCUCUGCAAAUUCCUGCAAGACUCCAAACGCUUCGUCAAUCCGGUUUCUUCACCCAGUCGUUUGUGUGCGGGCAAGAUGUGGGCGAUCGGUUGGCGAAAAUCGAUGACGAAUUUGGAAAUUGUGGGAAUGUAUCGGAACUGGGAUGCUAUCAAGAAAAAUAAGAAAGAUUAUCGUCUAUUUCUGGGCGAUGCGGAGAGAGCUGGCCGAAUUGUUUGGGAUUUGUUUCAUCCAGUUGGCAACAUUGCCCUCGAAAAGAACCAACAAUUUAUGAUUGAGCACAAUAUCCCGGGGUUCUACGAGGCCGAAUUUCCCAAUGAUAAAUCCAAGCCGUCCAAAGAGUUCUUCUCCUCAAACUUGACAUUCACAUCAAAUGGAUUUUUCAAUCAUCCACACGAAGACAAAAACGACCAUGCCUCCCUGCCAUUUGCCUUUCUCCUUUCCCUGCCAAUCUCGAAGGAAACUGGUCUCCUUGCGUAUGGAGCCGACGAAUACGACGUAACUGAAGGGCCUUUCAUUUUCCGUGACUGUCAAUUUGGAAUCAAGUUUCGACCGAAUACGAUGUGUCAGAUGAUUUUCAGCCAACGUGAAUACUCUCAUUGCACUCUGGCUCCAUCAGAACCCUCCGCAUUCACAAGAUUGGGUUUGUCUUUACAAAUAUCUGCGAAAAUGGUGAAUAUAUCGGACCGGAUAACUGGAGGCGAAUUCGAUAACCGGAAAGACAUGCACAUUGCGGGGGCUGAGUAUAACUUGAAUGUCACUAUUAAUAAAUCAAAAGCCCCAGUCCAAUCAUCACAGCUUUCUACUUGA